AUGGCGCAAGGCAUGGAUUACGCCUGUCAAAAGGAUAUGAACAAGCUGACUGCGGACGGCUCCGAAACAGUUGUUCCUGGACAAAUUGAAGGCGCAGGAAUUACAAGCCUCAGCCCUGAAAAUGAGCAGCAGAGCCUCCCUCCGCAGGCCCCGUGCCCCUUGACCAAGGCCUCCACUGGCAGCAGACCUGUUUCCCCUGAAGAAGCCAAGGCAAACGAUUUGGAGAGGACCAAAGUUGGGAUCUGCAAGCUCAGCAGCAGCAGCUCUGGGCCAGCCAACGCCACCCUCCGCAAGGAUCCUAUUGAGACCUGUCCGCUCAAGAGCAUCCUCAGCGCGGGGCCCACGGGCUCGGCCCCGAUCCCCCACUGCAAAAUCCCCGCUUUGCAAAGCCUAGAUGGGGAAGCUAAUCAGAGCCUUGGGAAGAGCACGCUGGAGCAAAACAAUGCCAAAGGCGGCUGGGUGCCCAUGAGCCAGAGCACCGUGGUGCUGGGCACAGAUGGGAACACUUCUGUUCUUCCUGGCAGCGUCAAUGGGGAUGACGAAGAAGGGGAUGAGAAUAAAGCCCGAGGGAACUGGUCUAGCAAGCUGGACUUCAUCCUCUCCAUGGUGGGUUAUGCAGUGGGGCUGGGCAAUGUCUGGAGGUUCCCGUACCUGGCCUUUAAGAAUGGGGGAGGUGCGUUUCUCAUCCCCUACCUGAUGAUGCUGGCUCUAGCUGGGAUUCCCAUUUUCCUCUUGGAAGUGUCACUGGGGCAGUUUGCUAGUCAGGGACCCGUGUCUGUCUGGAAAGCCAUUCCUGCCUUACAAGGCUGUGGCAUUGCUAUGCUGAUCAUCUCUGUUCUAAUAGCCAUAUAUUAUAAUAUUAUUCUGUGCUACACACUUUUCUACCUUUUUGCAUCCUUUGUACCUGUAUUACCUUGGGCUUCCUGUAACAAUCCCUGGAACACACCAGACUGUAAAGAUAAAAACAAACUUUUACUAGAUUCCUGCAUCAUUGGUGACCACCCUAAAAUACAAAUCAAGAACUCUACUUUUUGUAUGAGUGCCUAUCCAAACUUGACAAUGGUUAACUUCACCAGCCAAGGAAAUAAAACGUUUGUCAGUGGAAGUGAAGAAUAUUUCAAGUACUUUGCGUUGAAGAUUUCUGCAGGGAUUGAAUAUCCUGGUGAAAUCAGGUGGCCCUUGGUACUGUCUCUCUUUCUGGCUUGGGUAAUUGUAUACCUAUCCCUUGCUAAAGGAAUCAAGACAUCAGGAAAAGUGGUGUAUUUUACUGCUACGUUCCCUUACGUGGUGCUUAUCAUCCUACUUGUCAGAGGAGUAACGUUGCCAGGAGCUGGGGCUGGAAUUUGGUACUUCAUCACGCCUAAAUGGGAGAAACUAGUGGAUGCAAUGGUGUGGAAAGAUGCUGCCACUCAGAUUUUCUUCUCCUUAUCUGCCGCAUGGGGAGGUCUAAUUACUCUCUCUUCCUAUAACAAAUUCCAUAAUAAUUGUUACAGGGACACGCUGAUAGUAACAUGUACCAACAGUGCCACAAGUAUAUUUGCUGGCUUUGUCAUCUUUUCAGUUAUUGGCUUCAUGGCAAAUGAACUUAAAGUAGAUAUUGAAGAUGUGGCAGAUCAAGGUCCAGGUAUUGCUUUUGUGGUUUACCCUGAAGCCUUAACAAGGCUUCCUCUCUCUCCAUUUUGGGCUAUAAUCUUCUUUUUGAUGCUUCUGACCCUUGGAUUGGACACUAUGUUUGCUACUAUUGAGACAAUAGUGACCUCCGUUUCAGAUGAGUUUCCCAAAUACUUACGUACUCACAAACCACUCUUCACUCUUGGUUGUUGCAUUUCCUUUUUCAUCAUGGGAUUUCCUAUGAUCACUCAGGGUGGAAUGUACAUGCUCCAGCUUGUGGAUACUUAUGCAGCCUCUUACUCUCUUGUCAUCAUUGCCAUAUUUGAACUUGUUGGGGUUUCAUACAUAUAUGGCUUGCAAAGAUUUUGUGAAGAUAUAGAGAUGAUGAUUGGAUUCCAGCCAAACAAAUUUUGGAGAGUCUGUUGGGCAUUUGUAACCCCAACCAUUUUAACUUUUAUUCUCUCCUUCAGUUUUUACCAGUGGGAACCAAUGACAUAUGGAGCUUACCACUAUCCUGGCUGGUCCAUGGUACUUGGAUGGUUGAUGCUGGCCUGCUCUGUUAUUUGGAUUCCAGUUAUGUUUGUAAUAAAAAUGCAUCUAGCCCCUGGCAAAUUUAUUGAGAGGCUCAAGUUGGUCUGCUCUCCACAACCUGACUGGGGCCCAUUUUUGGCUAAACAUCGUGGUGAACGUUACAAGAAUAUGAUUGAUCCAUUGGGAACUUCCUCCCUGGGACUUAAACUGCCAGUGAAAGAUUUAGAACUGGGGACCCAAUUCUAG